ACGUACAUUCGGCCGUGUUUACGCCUAAAUGCAUGCGAUUUUGUUGCAUGCCAUAAUACGUGUUUGUGAACGGUUGUAACAGUAUUAGUGUAGGCAUAAGAUAGGAUAGGAUUAAGAAAUAUUGUAAAUAUAGAUAGAACCCAAAACGCAUUCGACCAGAGCAGACGUCCCCCCUUGAACAGCACAACGAACCAUCCGAACAUUUGGUCCUUCGAACCGGAUAGUUCCUGUUAGUUACCGUUCCUAUUGUUGUUUAAGUUACGUUGGUUUUGUGCAAAGUUAUAGUGUUUAUCGUCCUGGUGUUGUUGUGAACAAUUUGCGCUUGCGCUCGUAAGAACUUUGUGUCAGUUGUAACCAGCGAAGGUGUAAGGACGGAGAACGACAGUGUUUUUAUUUGUUUUCAAGGGGAAUUUGUGAUUUGUUUAAGUUUCACAUAGUAAUUUGUUCGAAUGCAGAUAAGUAAUUGCACGCGGACUUAACUAAGCGUGGGUUCAGGGUGUUGACCUUUCGAUUUGUCGGUGAACUAGUGAACUAUCAAGGACGGACAUUGCACAAGGUUUAGUGUGUUUACAGCAGUGGUAUUAGUGUAGUGUUUCGUACGCUGGAAGGAAAGUUCAUCGAUGAACAGUUCGGUGCCGUAGCAAGUUCUUCGAUAAGGAUAGAAGCAGCCAUUGCAACUAACCCACGGUGAUUAGGCAGGAACGGCGGUAGUGGCAAUUUUUGAAGCUUUAUCCGUGAAGUGUGGAACAAGCUUGCUUGCAGAGAUUGAUGUUGUGCCGAUAGCAAGGUUCAAAUUAUAGAAUUCAGUGUGUGGUCAACACGUGGCUUGAUAGUGGUAUUAGUGCGAAAGAACUAAGUACGUUAACCUUACAACGCAACGCGUCAGAGUGAACAGCUUUGAGAGUACGACAGGGUUCAUCAGUGAAGGAAGUGAAAAAUAUUUAAAAUGCCUGCAGGGGACAAGCAACAGAAACAAUUACAGCAGCUGCAGCGCUUAUAUCGCGAUAGUUUGCGUAGCAUUGACAUUUACGAAGAGUUUGUGAACAAUUACGAUCCAGCCAGAGAUAGUGACCAGGUCCCAGUGCAAUUAGAACAGUUAGAGGAAGUGAAAAAUGCAUUUACAGAUGCUCGAGCACAGUUACUCAUCGAAGAGUCAAGCGUCGAAGACGAAAUGUGGAAUGAUCAAAGGACAUUCAUGACAAAAUAUAUGAAGGUGAAGGGUUUUUUGUGCGCACAACAACGAGUAGAUGCAACAAAUCUUGUGGCUAGCAGUACGUUUCAAACAUCAGUGACGCAUACACCAUUACGACUUCCCGAAAUCAAUCUGCCUUCAUUCGACGGCGAUGCAACGAAAUGGCUCACUUUUAAAGAUCGUUUUACCUCUAUGGUUCAUGAAGUGAUAGAACUCCCAGAUGUAACAAAACUGCAGUAUCUGUUGACGGCGUUGAAGGGAAGUGCAGCAACACCAUACGAUCAUACGCAGUUAGUAGCAGAAAACUACGAGUCAACAUGGAAAUCAUUGCUACAGCGUUUUGAUGAUUCUAAGAGAAUAAAACGAGAAUAUUUCAAGGCACUUUACCAACUGGAGUCUAUGAACGGGUCAAGCGCUGAGGAGUUGGCACGUCUUGUAAAUGAGACCAGGCGGCUGGUACGAGGGAUGGAGAGGUUGAAUGAGCCGGUAAAUCAAUGGGACACUCCGCUUACAAGUUUGAUUCUCUACAAGCUAGAUUCUGCUUCUUUGAUGGCCUGGGAACAAUAUUCUGCCGAUCAUGAGGCAGACACGUAUAAACGUAUGAUUGAGUUCUGCGAGAAACGAGUGAAAAUACUAAGUAGCUGCACCACACACACAACGAACGCUGUAGACACAAGGCCGGCAAGGGUGGUCGGCAGUUCAUCACCACGUAGUUAUGCAGCAGCGCGUCAGAAGAAAGAAAGUGCGACCUUUUUAGCAUGUGCAGCACAAACUCCCAAGGCAGCCUCUAAUACCUGUCCGGUCUGCAAGGCUGAUCAUAAUGUGGCGAAGUGCACCUCAUUCAGAAGCAUGGACUUGUCCCAAAGGCAGACGGUUGCGAAGGAAGCUAGGUUAUGCUUCAGCUGCUUAAGAAGAGGACAUUCUAUACGAUUUUGCAGAAUGCAUGGCAGAUGUUUAAACUGCAAUGGAAGGCAUAACACUUUAUUGUGUAUCAAGCAGGGAGAGUUUCCAGUAUCAACAAGCUCAGAGACAUCAGCGCUGCCAAUUAGUGCGACACUUCAGGACAAGGUAGAGAAGCCACAAAAAACCGUCUGGUUGUCAACAGCUCUUAUUUUGGUAGAAGGGGUUAAUGGUUCUACGAUUCCUGCACGAGCCCUCCUGGACAUGGGAGCCCAGUCUAACUUUAUGUCCGAAAGAUUGGUUCAGCAGCUAAAACUAAAGAAGGAACGAGUUCACAAGCCGCUGUCAGGAGUGGGAACCGUUGCAUUGACCGCGAACAAUUUGGUUUCGACAACUGUCAAAUCUAGAACAACCACAUUUGUUAAGAGGCUGGAGUUUUUAGUACUGGCAAGGGUAACAGCUAACUUCCCAUCGAGAUACGUGAAAGUCGAAGGCUGGAAUGUUCCAUCAGGAUUGGAAUUGGCAGAUCCAUCAUUCUACCAGCCUGGAUCAAUAGAUCUUUUAUUGGGGGCGGAAGUGUUUGCCGAUAUGUUGAAGCAAGGUCAGAUCAAACUCGCGCCCCACUUACCCAAGCUACUCGAAACUCAUCUUGGAUGGAUAGUUAGUGGCACUGUGUUUGAGCAUCCUAAAGGAAGUAUUGAUGAAGCCCAUAUUGCGUGCUGUGCUGUUGAAGACGAUAGUUUUGAUACGGCAAUGAAGCGGUUGGUGAUGCUGGAAGACCUUCCAACAGAAAGAAUUCGCUCAAAGGAAGAGGAACAAUGCGAGCGCAGCUACCAAGAAACAACAUACCAGAACGAGGAAGGCAGAUACGUGGUUCAGCUGCUCAAACGGUUCGAUUGGAAGACACUUGGAGAAUCCAAAGAAACUGCACUGGAAAGGUUCAUGGCUAUGGAAAGGCGAAGAAAAUCGGACUGCAGGCUCGACGACGCUUACAAAGCCUUUAUGAAAGAGUACCUUGAUCUUAAACACAUGUCAUAUUUGGGUACGUAUGCAGAAAUCGAUACAAAUAACUUAAGACCUUCUUUCUUUCUUCCACAUCAUGCGGUUUGGAAAACGGACAGCACCACCACUAAAUGCAGAGUUGUAUUCGACGCAUCAUGUAAAACAACUUCUGGUCGGUCCCUGAAUGAUGUGCUAUUAACCGGUCCGCAACUACAAGACGACGUUGUAUCGAUACAGCUGCGAUUUCGGAUGAAACUAGUAGCUGUAGUGGCAGAUGUGGAAAAAAUGUAUCGUCAGAUACUCGUGAAGGACUGCGAUAAGGCAUUGCAACGAAUUUUGUGGCGCAGCGAUGCUAAUGAGCCGAUAGCAGUGUACGAGUUGAACACGGUCACAUACGGCACGGCCUGUGCUCCGUUCUUAGCCAUCCGAACCCUGCAGCGAAUCUUUGAUGAUCAUGGCACCAAGUUUCCGAAGGCAAUGGCAUGCAAGGCAGAUUUUUACGUCGAUGAUUUGCUGUCCGGUGCAACGACAACACGUGAUGCACAAGAAAUGGCCGGGCAGUUAAAUAAGUUACUUUCGUGCGGAGGAUUCAGUUUAAGAAAGUGGGCAUCCAAUUGCCCAGAAGCGCUGAAAGAUAUUCCGGAAGAUCAAAGAGCAACCAACCCACAGCAUGAAUUGGCAGCCGAGACCAGCUCUAUUUCGACGCUUGGAUUAUUGUGGACACCUGAAUCGGAUAUUUUACAAGUCCAGGUUAAGCUACCGAUACAGGAGAGCAAAUGCACGAAACGACAGGUGCUAGCAUGUAUUGCACGUAUCUACGAUCCACUCGGCUUCAUAGAUCCGGUUAAGAUGAAGGCCAAGCUUUUUAUGCAGCAAAUUUGGAUGUUGAAGGGAACAGAUAAGCGCGCUUGGCCAUGGGAUGAAGAACUCCCGGAACAGUUGGCUCGAGAUUGGAUGUCAUUUUUUAUGCAGCUACAUCUCUUGGAAAAGGUACGCAUUCCACGGGUAGUUAUUCAGAGUGAUACGUUAUCGAUGCAGUAUCACCUGUUCUGCGAUGCAUCAGAGAAAGGCUACGGUGCGUGCUGCUACGUUCGAAGUGUCUCGACCAGAGGAGAGGUGUUAGUUCGACUGAUGAUUUCAAAAUCCAAGGUGACACCGUUAUCUCAGAGGAUGACCAUUGCACGUUUGGAGCUCUGUGGCGCGUUACUGGCAAGCAGAUUGUACGAGCAAGUAAAACAGGCAAUUGGCCGCGAUGAGCCUACAUUCCUGUGGACCGAUUCGAUGACCACUUGGCAUUGGAUUCAUUCCCCUCCAAGUCGGUGGAAGACAUUUGUUGCGAAUCGGGUUUCGAAGAUUCAAAACCUUACGGAAGGAGCCAACUGGAGACAUGUGCCUGGAGUGGUGAAUCCAGCCGAUGUGGUGUCUAGAGGCUGCGAUCCUGCAACGUUUAUGGAGUCAACAUCAUGGUGGUCGGGGCCAGAAUGGUUGGCAUCGACAGAAGAAAAUUGGCCAACAGUACCGGAGUCUAAGACUCUGGAGACGGGUGAAGAACGUUCCAACGAGUUAAUACUUUCUUCACUGGAUGAAGAAGGAUUUAUUGACCAUUUGUUCACCCGUUACGGAUCAUACUCAAAACUUCGCAUGGUAGUUGGGUACUGUUUGCGGUUUAUACAUGCUUUGCGAAUGAGAGUAAGCAGCUCAAAGGUCCAGCCUAAGUUUGGUGAGGGCCUUUCAACGGCAGAACGGCAGCAGGCAGAAUGGGUAUUGUGUCGAUUGGCUCAACGUAACUCGUUUAAUAGAGAAUGGAAGGAUUUAAACGCCAAGAAACCAGUUCAUCGAGCGUCACAUCUUCGAGGGUACCAACCAUUCAUCGACAGCAAUGGUUUAAUUCGGAUAAACGGCAGAUUGCAACAUGCAUCUCUAUCACCUGAUGCCAAACAGCCCAUAGUGAUACCGAAAAAACACCCGUUGGCAAUCCUGUUAGCUGAGUACUACCACCGGAAAAACCUGCAUGCUGGUCCACAGAUGAUGCUUACCAGAAUAAGGCAACGAUUAUUGCGGUCCUGUUUGGGUGAAGGCACAAUCGCGGAGGGCCGCCCCUAUAAAGGCUUUCGUUGCAGUAUUUGUGUGUUUUAUUACGCGUGCCGUCCACAUCGAGCUCGUGUCGGAUUUGAGUACACCAGCGUUCCUAGCUGCAUUAAGGCGAUUCGUAUCGAGAAGAGGCUUGGUAUCGGAGUUAUACUCUGACAACGGUACGAACUUCAGGGGAGCUGCGAACGAGCUACACCGCCUAUACGAGCUGCUCAAUUCUCCUGAUGACCGAAGGGAGAUCUCAUCUUGGUGUGCCGAGAACCAGAUAUCGUGGAAGUUCAUCCCACCCCGGACUCCACAUUUUGGCGGAUUGUGGGAGGCUGCAGUGCGUUCUAUGAAGCACCAUUUGAUUCGCGUCAUCGGAAAUGCGUCAAUGUCUUAUGAAGACAUGACAACGUUGCUAUCGGAAGUAGAAGCAUGCCUUAACUCAAGACCUCUAACGAUUCUUUCUAAUCAUCCCACAGAUCCAGAAGUACUCACCCCUGGACACUUCCUAACUGGCUCGCACCUCCAGCAUGUCGUAGAGGUUGAUUUGAAGGAUGUACCAGAAAACCGUGUGAACCAUUGGCGCCUCGUUCAAAAACGACUACAACACUUCUGGGAAAGGUGGCGUUUAGAAUAUAUGCAACAAUUGAAUGGGAAACACAAAUGGGAUUGCAUUGCGACAAAAAUUGUGCCAGGAACAGUAGUAUUGUUAAGAGAGGAUAAUGUAGCACCUAUGAAAUGGCCAUUGGCGAUAAUAACAGAGGUUUACCCUGGUAGUGACGGCAUAGUAAGAGUGGUAAAGGUACGUACGGCUCAAGGCAAUGAGAUUAAAAGACCAACUGUGAGAAUCUGUAUUAUACCGAAUCAAGAACGACAAAUGGCACACGAUGGAAGUUAGAUUAAAGUUUGUACAUAGCAUGUUCUAAGGUUAGGAAUAAACGCAUGAAGCUAGCAAUUAUUUCACGAAAAGGAUUACAAGCAUGCGAGGUAAAAUUAAUGAAUUUUAGGUGGUCGGCAUGUUUACGCCUAAAUGCAUGCGAUUUUGUUGCAUGCCAUAAUACGUGUUUGUGAACGGUUGUAACAGUAUUAGUGUAGGCAUAAGAUAGGAUAGGAUUAAGAAAUAUUGUAAAUAUAGAUAGAACCCAAAACGCAUUCGACCAGAGCAGACGUCCCCCCUUGAACAGCACAACGAACCAUCCGAACAGGCCGGUUUUCCAAAGGGAUGAUAAUCCCAUUUGAAGGGGCCUCCUAUUUCCGGCCUGGAUCUCGAUCUCCUGUGCAAAACCCUACUGCUUCCAAGAAAAGGGGCGACGUUUGGGGUCGGUCACAUUCCUUUCAUUGCCGGUCGCGCGAAAAAAAGAAAAGGUCAACCUCCAGAGACCCGGCAGUGUGCACAACAGUCCUUUUAAGGCUGUUCGUACGCGUUCGUCGGCCGUUUGCUUGCCGUGCGCCAUCUUUUCUCAUUUCAUUAUCCCUUUUUCACACAAUAAUGCGAGCAAACUAGCGCAGCAUUAGCGAGCAAAAUGAGUGGUGGCCAAGUUCGAAGCCGGAAACAGCCGUUAAGAUGGUGUCAUUGUCGCAUCAUAGUUGUUUGCCCUGGAGGGGUUAUUUCUGGCCGGCAAAUCACGCCCGCACGCCGCUAGCGUGAAAGGACACGAGUCGCGCGGGAAAGCGAGCGAGCGCAGACAUUCCUUCGGCUUUGUGUCUAUAAUGAGGAGCAUGAUUGGGGAAAAGGGACCAAGCCGAACGCCACUUCAAUCGUCUUGCGACAUCGUCCUGAAACAGGGGCCGGCUGACCCGGCCAACGGAGGUUUCUGCUGUGUGAGCAAAUGGCUGAGCGAGCAUCACUCAGAAAAUGCUCACAUUUUUUCUAAUUUUUCCUUGUUUUCUCUUCCCCGUUCGAGUUUAGUGAAGAAAAGGAAAGCAGAUCCUUUAAAGAACGAUCUUUGAAGGGGAAAACAACGUAAAGCAAGAGCAGCGCAUCGAAUAGCCACCGUCGAAGGCAUCAGCAGCGGAAGCUAAGAAAACUCGCUGGCUAUAAAAGCGAAUGCGAGGUGAUGAAAUUUGGCACGAGCAUUAGCAAACGGAUAAUGAUAUUAAUAAGUGAAAGCUACGGCCAUACCCGCAGACCGGAUGUGACAGGAGGAUUGAAAACAUUUUUUAAAUCUUUCAGCAGAGCGGACUGCCAACCCAAGCGUUGGCAAGCAAGGGGCAUAAUAACAAUAAUGAAUAUUGCUUUCAAGCUGUUGUUUGGGUAGCUUAAGAAACCUUUUUCUGUUUUUAACCGUUUCCGAAAGAAAAAAAAAAACUAGAGUAAGGGUCUCUUUUAAACUUUUUAUUAUAAGGAAAAAAGAUGUAACAUCUGUGCGGAGACAAAUAGGUUACAAUUUAAAUGAUUGUGUUCAGAAAUGUUUUACCCAGUUUAACGAAAAACGAAUAACUUUACCUUUACCUCAUCAUCCAGCAAAAAAAAAAAAAAACCCAAAUGGAAAG